GGCCCUCGCGCCGCCGCGCGCAGAGAAGAUGGCGGCCGCCACGGGGCGUGCGGCGGGAGCGCCGGCGGGAUACACGGGUGAGGGGCAGCGCGGGGCACCGGGAGCGGGGCCGGCGGGAUACGCGGCUCUGGCGGUGAAGUUCGCGGAGCGGCAGCGCUCGCACCACUGCCUGUUGGUGAAGGAGCACCAGGUGCGGGAAGGGGCCGACACCGCGCACCCGCCUCGCCGCACCCUCUUCGUCCUCAACGUGCCCCCGUACUGCGGCCCGGACUCUUUGUCUAGGCUGUUCUCUCGCUGCGGGCAUGUGCAGUCUGUGGACAUCUGUGACAAGCCAGGGCCAGGAGAGAAAAAAGAUAAACUGGCGUCCAAAUUCUUCGACCACAAAACUCUAAAGGGAUUUCAAGUAGCAUACGUGGUGUUCAGGAAACCAGCAGCUGUCCAGGCAGCCAAGGCUCUAUCACAGGAAGGUCCCUUGCUAAUAUCAACAGAGAGCCACCCUGUGAAAACCGGCAUUAGCAAGUGGAUCGCCAGCUAUGAGGCCUCCAUCGUGGAUCCGAAGGAGCUGAAGGCUGAGGUGGAUGCCUACAUGCAAGACUAUGAUAAAAAGAUGGCAGAGGAAGAAGCCAAAGCCGCCAAGGAGGAGGGUGUUCCGGAUGAGGAGGGCUGGGUGAAGGUGACCCGGAAGGGCCGAAAGCCCGGCCUGCCCCGGACAGAGGCUGCCAACCUGCGCGUGCUGGAGAAGGAGAAACGGAAAAGGGCCCGCAAAGAGCUGCUCAACUUCUAUGCCUGGCAGCAUCGCGAGAGCAAGAGAGAGCACAUUGCCCAGUUGAGGAAGAAAUUUGAGGAGGACAAGCAGAGGAUCGCACUGAUGCGAGCCCAGCGCAAGUUUCGGCCGUACUAGGUUGUGCUGAGCUGGUCUUCAGGUGCCUGUGCUGGAGAGGGUAGGACAGAUGCCUAUUGACUCCAUUUGCCAAAGGAUUUUGAGGAAUUGAGGCAGCUUUGGGUUGCCUCUACCCUUGGAUCUGAAAUGGGAGAACCCAGCAACUGCUGCUGGAGGAGAGUUCCCUUUACUUGCACCAGCAUCCUCCUGCUCUUCUGUCAUUCAGCCCCAUGGCACCACUUCUCAGGGUGUUCAUGUCAAGGGGCUGAGGCACAUCCUGUGACAACCUGUAUCUCCCUGCCACCCAAAACCACACCUCCUAAAGCUUGGUGAGAACUGGGAUUGACCUAGCGCAGCCUCUGCAGGGGCAGGGAAUGGCUGAAGAACUGUAAAUAAACUGCUGCUACUGUUUUCAGAACAUGGGAAUGCUUCUUUCUCCCCUCUGGUCUCCUGUGAGAAACAGCUUCCUGUGUGCUGAGGUGGUGGUAAAAAUCAUGGCUUGUAACCAGGUGCUCCAUUGCACAUUUUGUUGAAAGAAUGAGCAGUGAAGUGACUUUAGGAAAAACCUAACUGCAACUUGUUGUCACAAGGAAAGAGCAGUGGUUUGGUACAGAGCCCUACCCCUUCUCUUGGUGAUUCCCUCCCUGGCCAAGUGUUGCAGUGCCCAGUCAUCCAGCUGUGCAUGGAGCUCUGCAGCCAUGUCUAGGCCACAGAAAAUUCCUGAUACCCAGCACUGUUGCAAGAAUAAAUGCCACUUUGAGCAGCCUGGUUUGGAAGGAGAAACCAGACUCUCCAUGCCCUGUUUCCACUUAACCUGUCCCCAGCCCUCAGAAAGCAGGUAAGGAUAGCAGCAGGCAUGUUUAGGUGUGGGACAGUGGUUUUGUACUGCUCCUGUAGCAUUUGUGCAGCUCUGGAAUAGUGGUAGGUCUGUGAUCAAAGUAACCCAUGCAGUCCCAGGCUUUUACACAUUCAUUUUACUAUCUGCAGCCUCACUAGAGAUGUGACCAUGGAAUGUAAGGUGGAAAUGGUGGUAAAUUCCAGAGAGCUGAGAUAAAAUUGAUUUAUCCUUUCCUAAAAACCGACUGCAAAUACAGUUGUGUUGCUUGCAGAGAUGACAGGCCUGCCUGCUUCAGUGGGCUCUUUGCAUCAAUUUAACUGGGAGGCAGAUCCUUAAUAAGGCC